AUGCUGAGGGCUGCGGAGCCGCGGCCCGAGGAGGCGGGGGCGGCCAGCUGCAGCGCCCAGGCCGCACUUCCCUCCCAGUCCAAGCCGCUCACCUCCUUCCUCAUCCAGGACAUUCUGCGGGACGGCCCGGAGCGGCGCGGCAGCCACGCGGGCAGCUCCCAGCCCCCGCGCCAUCCGCAGCCCCCGCGCCGGCCGGACCCGAAGCGAGACCCUGAGCCGGAGGCCGGGGGAGGAAGGGGAGGCUCCGGGGCGCCCGAGGACGAGCCGAGCGCCCGGCCCCACACUGCGCCGGGGGAGGCCGAGACGCCGCCGGACACCGAGCCAGAUAGGCACUUGGAGACUUAUCUGUUGGACUGUGAAAACACUUCAGACGCCUUACCACGCCUUCCUCAAAUCCCCAAGCAGCCGCAGAAGCGCUCCCGUGCCGCCUUCUCCCACAGUCAGGUCAUUGAGCUAGAGAGGAAGUUUAGCCACCAGAAGUACCUGUCAGCCCCGGAAAGGGCUCACCUGGCCAAGAACCUCAAGCUUACCGAGACCCAAGUGAAAAUAUGGUUCCAGAACAGACGCUAUAAGACCAAGCGAAAGCAGCUCACCUCAGACCUGGGCGACCUGGAGAAGCCCCCCUCCUUGCCAGCUUUGAAAGAGGAGGCCUUCUCCCGGGCCUCCCUCAUCUCCAUGCAUCACAGCUAUCCUUACUACCCCUACCUUUACUGCUUGGGAGGCUGGAGCCCGGCCUUCUGGUAACGCCAGCUCAGAUGACAACCAUGCGUGAUCAAAAACUGCCUUCCCCAUGUUGUCUCUCUGGAAGGCAAGAGGGGCUGGGAGGACUGGGGAGCAAGAGGCGUGCAGACCACAGCUGUUGGAGGUUUGCAUGGAAAUCCCAGAUUCUUCACUAGUGGGCUGAUGAAAGAUCUGGGACGGUGAAUAAUUUAAUAUCCAGAUAGUCCCCCCACACAUAACGUAGGUCGGUUUUGUUUUUCGAGACCUGCUGUAAGUGGGGAGGGAUAAAGUCAGGUGCUGUGUCUAGCACUUUGUAUGACUUCAUAUGAGCUGUCCACAUCACUGCUGAGGAUUCCGUUCCUACAGCUCCAUCCUCUUGUGUAAGUGAGCAUCAGCGAUGAAGGAGCAGACCUGAAGGGGGGAGAGGGACAGCUAAGAUGAGGAUGUCACCUACUGAAUUAAACUGCAGUUUGGAAGCCUCUCGUUGGCCUUGAAGUAUGACCAAGGUUUCUCUCCGCCCCCGUUAGAGAGAGAGAAAUCGGGGAUCUCACAGAUAAACCUGCCCUGCUCAGCGCAAAUUGGCAUGGCCUGUGGAGACGGGUAGGAGGAGAUGAAAAUAUAAGCUUCUAUUAUUCCUUUUUAAGUAACACGCCACGUGAAGUAUUUACAGAGUGGCCCAGGUAGAGCCAGAAGCACUCUGUGGUUUUUAAGACAAGCUGUACAAACAGAACUCUGCCGCGACGGGUGGGCCAGGCAGGUCCGAGCCGGGCCGCAGGAGGAGUCUCGGCACGGCCGCGGGGGCGCUGCGUUGUUUAUUAGCAAACGGUGAAAAAGCCUCUUCUGGACCUUUUUAUGCUGGGCCUGAGAAUUUAGACUGAGAAGCUUCCUGGGGUUUUCAGGCUAUAAUUCAUACCACAUCACGACAGAGCACAGACUUCUUUCCUGUAAGCUCCUUCUUUCCCACCUUCUUUCAGUUUUUGUUCCUUUUCCGCAGCUGUCACCCACUGAAGGGCUUCUUUUCAGUCCAAACUUUUAGUCUGGCUGCACCUAACAUUUGCAUUCCUUAUUUAGGCUGAGAUCUGGUCUAUUUUUUUUUUCCCCCCGAAGCUUUAUCUCUCCUGGGUUAAAAAAAAAAAAGGAGGCAGAUUCUGAAUUGGCUAGAAGACAUGCAUUUUUUCACACUAGCCAUUCUUAUUUUUUUCCUUUAAAAAUAUACCGCAUUAAAUCCCAAAUCCUAUUUAAAGACCUGACAGCUCUAGAAGGUCACUGCUGCUUUUCUAGGACUUUCUGGUGGCUCUGUUGUUACAGUUCAAAGCCUGACAAGCCUUUGGGAUCCCUGCAGGCAGAGGGGGUGAGAGGACUGGGCUCUUACGCACAAGGAGGAACACGGUGCACAGUGAAGUGUCGGGUGCCAGGGAGCUAUCUGCUGGAAAUCGAGGGCUCGUGUGCGGGGCCUGGAGAAAAGGUGGCCUCAGCCUUACAGAGCCCAGUCCCCUGAGCAAGCUGACAGGCUGAUAGCACUUUGCAGGAAGAGGCUAAAAAAAGCAAACAGUUUUCGAGGCAACCUUACUGUGGCUUUCAUCACCAAACAACGCAACUGUCCAAAUACUUUGGGAACUGUGUUUAAUGCCUAUAAAAAAUGGGUCCCCAAAACGAGUGACUAGUGACUUCAGAGGGCAUGAGAAGAGGGUGAAGGAGAAAUGUGGCCACCCUUCUGCUUUCAUCCUGUUGUCUCAGGUGACCUGGUAGAGGGGAGAGGACAGAAUAAAAAAGUGAGUUACUAAUGAGGCGCCCUGAGGCCUGGAAAUCUCUUGAUCUCGCUCUUAAUUCUAUUUAGUGAGAAACCUUUCAAUUUCCUCCUAGUAAAAGGGCCAAUUCACCGUUGGUGGCAAAACUGCCGGAGUUGAUAGAAAGUUGGCCCGUUUCACCCCAUUUUCUAUGGUUUGGGCUCCACGUUGAAAUACUGUUAAAUGCCCGAGCUGCCGACACAGUACUAGCGAGCACAGAAAGCAGAGCAGCCUGAAUUGCUUUCUCCUUGUCACAUGUCUUUUAAGGUAAGCGUUCAGCACUCACUCUCUGCUCAGUAUCCUCCUUUCCCACCCUCUGAGUUUAAUUCUUUCAACCUGCAAAUCUGCAAGUAUUAAACAUUUUACUGUGAGGUAUAUUGUGUUGGGAAAAAAAAGUUUUUGUUUAAAAUGAUUUGGUUUGUGAAUCCAUCUUGGUUUUCGUCCAUUGGAACUAGUCACUCACCCAUAUCUGAACUGGGAGAACAGCAUUUGAAGAACUAGUGUAUCAGUGUCUGAUAGGUGAACUGGAGGGUGUCCUGGGCCACUUCCCCCAGAUGGCCUGUUUCUGUCCUGUUUAAUGCAUUAGUUUGGGUUCUCCACGUGCAUAACAAACUCUGCUCUGAUCUGGAACAUAAAAGCCUGUGACUUGAAGUUUAGUAAAGUACCCCAACCGAACUUUAUUUUUCUAUGUAUUUUUUGCAACAUAGGAGUGUUUUUAAAAUAAAGUACUGUGUCUUUAUUAGACAUAGCUGUGUGUGAUUUUCUGUUUCCUAAAGACUACAUGCCAUUGAGCUUACGUAUUUCUGGCUACCAUGUUCCCCCACCCUCAGCCCGCCUGACGAGUCUGUGGAGACCAAAUAAUCGAA